UUUGUUAAACACUUGGUAACACUUGCAUUUCUAAAGGGCAAAGCUAGACUAUAAAUAUGACAUCCAAUAACACUGAACACAUCUCACCAGCACUGAAGUUAAAGGCACAUUCAUUCAGCCAUUAAAGGGAUUCAGAGUCACCCGUGAUGGAGCUGAAGCUUUGGUUUUCCCUCCUGUUCUUACACGUGAUCCAUGAUGCCCAGUCCUCUCGUGGCCUCUGGACAGCAGACGUACCAACAAAGAUUCCUGCCCUGCAAGGCUCCUGUGUGGUCAUUCCCUGUACCUACACUUACCCCAAGCCUGCUUCAAAGUUACUGAACAGGUGGAGAGGAUUCUGGAGAAAAGGGAAUAAGAUAGUCGCAACCAAUCUCCCCAAAUGGAAACUGAACGAGGAGUACAAAAAGCGAACCCAGUUUUUGGGAAAUCUGAAAACACGCAACUGUACCAUGCUGCUGGACGGUAUCAGGAAGUCUGAUGUUGGUCCGUUUUAUUUCAGGAUUGAAAUGCCACAAUACAAAAGCUACUCCUACACAAAAAACAUGGUCUCCAUUGAGGUUCUACGUGAUCCGCAACCACCGUCUCUGUCUGUGAAGGUGGAUGAUGACAAGGUCACUGCCUCCUGCUCCGUGUCUCACUCCUGCCCAUCUAUUCCCCCUGAAUUUUCCUGGAGUCGCUCUGGAAUUGUCACCCGCCGAUCCAAGAAGCUGAAUAAAUGGAAGUGGGAAACGAUGUCAACCCUGACCUUUCAACCUCGACCCUCUGACUUCAAUAAGCAUUUAAACUGCACAGUGCUGUACAGAGGAGGGAAGCAGGCGAAGAACUCCACAAUUCUUCAAACAUGGUGAUCGAGGUGACCCCUGUGCAUGACCGAAAUAUCACUUUUCACUCUGCAUGGUAAAUUAAUUCAUGUUGCAUAUUGUAUGUCAUGAGAUUUUAAAGUCAUUGUUCAAUGUCUUACAGUUCCUACAUUUAGACAUGUUUACUGUUCAUACAGAUUAUAUGAUAUAUAGUAUUAUCCUACUGUGGUUUGAUGACUGUUGAUUGGACCAAAAGUGAAUCUACAGAGUACAAACUGUGCACUAUGUCUACACUGGGAAUUAAGAAACACAAUCAGUCCAUUAAGCAACACAGAAUAUUUCACUGCGCACUGUAAUGUCUAAUCAAUGUCACCUUCAUGAUCAGUUAUUCAUCACCUCGUAUCUAGUGAAUCAUUGAUGAUCAGAGCCGUUUUACUCUGUAAAUGCUUCACUGUUUAAUGCUUCUUUAAAAGUUUUCUGUCUGUCUGAUUCACAAUAAAUACUAUUUCAAUGUAA